AUGUCUGACUCAGGAAGUAUAAGCGAUGACGACGGGAAGAAGAAUGGUGCCGAAAGUGAUCCAAGGGAUCCUGUGAGUCGUGAUUCUGACUCCACGCCUUCACAUCGAUCUCAUCAUGAAGAUUUCUCACAAGAGGCUCCAAGUGGGAAAGAAUCAGAGAAAAGUGAUUCUGGACGAUCUGUUGGCUCACCUUCUAAGGUCAGCAAAAGCUUACUAGAUGAUAGCUCGGAGGAUGAGCAAAAGACAGAAGAUGAUAAUUGUUCGUCAGCCACUGCGGCUCGUAUUUUCGGAGUUGACGUGUCCUCGUCCGAUUCCGACGAUGAACGAGGAGAUGCUGUGAGAAAAAAGAAAACUGGUCGUGAGUCCGAUGCAGAUAAGUCUGACAGAAGUGACGACAGUGUUCAUGGUAUUCGAAUGUACCCAGAGGAAGAGGAAGUGCCCGAAAAGGAAUUGCCACCUACAAUAAUUGAGGCCUCCAUGAGCAAAGUGGAGUGUGAUUUUGGCGAUGGUAUCCAAUUUAUGAAGAUUCCGAAUUUUUUUUCUGUUGCAUUAAAACCCUUUGAUCCACAAACCUAUGAAGAAGACGAAGACGAUGACCAAGUGGAUGAAGAGGGUCGCAACCGUUUAAAACUAAAAGUAUGCUGUUUAUAA